CGCCGGGAAGAUGCAGCUGCCCCUCCGCGCCGGGCUCUCCUCCUCAGCCCCAAGGUGCAUUCUUUGGGUGGUGUGAACUAUGGCCCAGUUCUAUUACAAGAGAAGCAUCAAUGCCCCUUCCAGAGAUCGCAUCCCUCUCCGCAUCGUGCGAGCCGAGUCUGAACUGUCGCCUGCUGAGAAAGCCUAUUUGAACGCUGUGGAGAAAGGCGACUAUGCCGGCGUGAAGCAUGCCCUGGAGGAAGCCGAAAUCUACUUCAAGAUCAAUAUCAAUUGCAUCGAUCCCCUGGGAAGGACGGCCCUCCUCAUCGCCAUCGAAAAUGAGAACCUGGAGCUGAUUGAGCUGCUGCUGAGCUUCAACGUGUACUUGGGGGACGCCCUGCUUCACGCCAUCCGGAAGGAGGUGGUGGGGGCCGUCGAGCUGCUCCUCAACCACAAGAGGCCCAGUGGGGAGAAGCAGGUGCCUCCCAUACUUCUGGAUAAACAGUUCUCGGAAUUUACCCCAGACAUUACGCCCAUUAUUCUGGCUGCCCACACCAACAAUUACGAGAUCAUCAAACUUUUAGUCCAGAAAGGCGUUUCGGUGCCCAGGCCUCACGAAGUCCGCUGUAACUGCGUGGAGUGCGUCUCUAGCUCAGACGUGGACAGCCUGCGCCAUUCCCGAUCCAGGCUAAAUAUCUACCAGGCUCUUUCCAGUCCUUCUUUGAUUGCUCUGUCCAGCGAGGACCCUUUUCUCACAGCUUUCCAGCUGAGUUGGGAACUUAAGGAACUGAGCAAAGUGGAAAAUGAGUUCAAAUCCGAAUACGAGGAGCUGUCACAACUGUGCAAGCAGUUUGCAAAGGACCUUUUGGAUCAGACACGCAGUUCCAGGGAGCUGGAAAUUAUUCUUAACUACCGAGAUGAUAACAGUAUAAUAGAAGAGCAGAAUGGGAAUGAUCUAGCAAGGCUGAAACUGGCAAUUAAGUACCGUCAGAAAGAGUUUGUUGCGCAGCCCAACUGCCAGCAGCUCCUCGCCUCUCGCUGGUACGAUGAGUUCCCCGGCUGGAGGAGGCGCCACUGGGCCGUGAAGAUGUUGACCUGCGUCAUCAUCGGUUUCCUCUUCCCCGUCUUCUCCGUCUGCUACUUGAUAGCCCCCAAGAGCCCACUGGGGCUGUUCAUCAAGAAGCCUUUCAUCAAAUUCAUCUGCCACACGGCGUCCUACUUGACGUUCUUGUUCUUCCUGCUGCUUGCCUCUCAGCACAUUGACAGAUCUGAUCUGAACAUGCAAGGGCCUCCGCCAACCAUCGUCGAGUGGAUGAUAUUACCGUGGGUCUUGGGAUUUAUCUGGGGUGAAAUUAAACAAAUGUGGGAUGGCGGACUGCAGGAUUACAUUCACGACUGGUGGAACCUGAUGGAUUUUGUAAUGAACUCCUUAUACCUGGCAACCAUUUCGUUGAAAAUAGUUGCCUAUUCAAAGUACAGCGGGCUGCUGCCACGAGAGAGCUGGGACAUGUGGCACCCCACUCUGGUGGCCGAGGCCCUCUUUGCCAUUGCCAACAUCUUCAGCUCUCUGCGCCUGAUCUCCUUGUUCACGGCAAAUUCUCACCUGGGACCACUGCAGAUUUCGCUGGGAAGGAUGUUACUGGACAUUUUGAAAUUUCUGUUCAUCUAUUGUCUUGUGCUGCUGGCUUUUGCCAAUGGGCUGAAUCAGCUGUAUUUCUACUAUGAAACAAAUGAAGCCAAUAAUUGCAAAGGGAUACGGUGCGAAAAGCAAAACAAUGCCUUUUCAACAUUAUUUGAAACUCUCCAGUCACUGUUUUGGUCUGUCUUUGGACUCAUCAACCUGUACGUAACCAAUGUGAAAGCCAGGCACGAGUUCACCGAGUUUGUCGGGGCCACCAUGUUUGGCACUUACAACGUCAUCUCACUGGUUGUCCUCCUCAACAUGCUGAUAGCUAUGAUGAACAACUCCUACCAACUCAUUGCGGAUCACGCAGACAUUGAAUGGAAGUUUGCUCGGACAAAGCUGUGGAUGAGUUACUUUGAAGAAGGAGGGACUCUUCCUACUCCCUUCAACGUGAUCCCAAGUCCAAAAUCUAUCUGGUACUUGAUCACAUGGCUGUGGAGACGAGUGUGUGGGAAAAAAAUCCGAAAGAAACCAGAGAGUUUUGGAACUAUUGGGAGGCGUGCGGCUGAUAAUUUGAGGAGGCACCAUCAAUAUCAGGAGGUCAUGAAAAAUCUGGUGAAGAGAUACGUGGCAGCAAUGAUAAGGGAUGCUAAAACAGAAGAGGGGCUGACGGAGGAGAAUUUUAAGGAACUAAAGCAAGAUAUUUCCAGUUUUCGCUUUGAAGUCCUCGGUUUGUUAAAGGGAAACAAGCUGCCCAAUGCGCAGUCCUCGAAAACAGGCCAAGAUGACGACUCUUUACCAGAGGCUGAGGAAAGAGAAGAGACUGAAGGGCAGGACAAACCGAAGCGGAGAAACCUGAGCCUGUUUGACAUCACAACCAUGAUUCACCCGAGGGCCGCGGCACGAGCCUCCGAAGCACACCUCCUGAGCAAUGGGUCGGCCCUGAUGGCCCCAGAGUCCUCCAAGGACAAGCAAAAGAAGGUGAACUUUGUAGCUGAUGUGAAGAAGUUUGGGUUCUUUCACAAACAAUCCAAAAACGUCUCUCCCGAGCAAAGUGCCAACCAGAUCUACUCCAUUUCCGAAGAAGUCGCCCGUCAACAAGUGGAAGAGCAACUGGAGGAAGCUGAGGAGGUGGAGGAGGAAGAGCUGGUGGUGAACUGCGAACUGAACAUCCACAGUCCUGGUGACAGGCAUGUAGCUGCCCCCAAGAAGCAAGCCAAAAUCAAGACUUUGGCUUCGGAGGCAGAUGCGUCAGCUUCCUCCACCGACCCAAAGAAUAGUACGAGGCAGGAUUCUGAGCUGCUCACGCCAAAGGAUUUGCUGGACAAGGAGUUGGACUUGGGUAGGGACUCUGCUGGGAAACAAGAGACCGUUGUGCAGGACAACUAUAUCACAACGAGGUUGUGAUGGGUGCUGGUAGAGAGGCCAACAGCAAGAGGUUGCAGAAUGCUCUGUUUGGGGAGCUUGAGCACGUUAGCUCCGAAAAUGCAGGAAGAGCCUGCCCUGUAAUUCCACGGAGGGAAGGCAAGAGAAGACCCCUACUGUUUUGUAACCUGCUUUGCAUUCACAAUUUCUUUGACCUUUUUUAAUUCAAUGGAAGCAUCUUGUAUUCUUGUACUGUUGCAAUAAUCCCAAUGGAAACUUUUUAGCUCUUUUUUUUUUUGAAUUUGAAAGAAAUGCAAUUUUUUCUCUUGUGAUAGUUUAAUGCCUCUGGUAAAUCUUUUUCUAUGCAAACAAACACAGCUUGACAAAGGUGUCAGAGCCUUUGAAGAACCUUUUUUCUAGAGCCCUAAAAAUGAGGGUGGGCGGGAGGAUUAUAAGCAUUUUCUGUCAAAAAGGAUUUUUAACUAGCUAGAAUUUUAUUACUAUAAAUAAAAUUCAAAAGAAAUGGUGAUCUAAUUUAUUGGGAAUUACUAAUUCCCGUAAUUGACAAGUAAUUUUUGGUUGUUAUGGAGCUGGUUUACCUGAUUAGCUAUGAUCAUUUCCAUCUACUAGAAUGCUGAAAUAGAAUUUGCUGCCUUUCAAGUGCCCAGAUUUGUCUCUAGAGCACGGGAAAUGCAAUUACUCUUAACUGCAAGAGCAACCUUGUGCUCUUGUUUUUUGCCAAAAUGUGGAUAAAUCUGUUCACCCGUGGAAGUUAUUUGCUCGCCUGCUUCCUGCCCACACUCUCCCCAUUAGUCAUUCAUGGCCCAAGAGAGGGAGGGGGGGAGAGAGAGGAACUUAUCCUUUGCAAAACUGCCCUGCCAAUUUUGAUUCUCUGCCAGGUAAGUGAGCAUUUACAAGCCUGAGUCAAUCUUUGCACUUUAUAUAUUGGGUAAGAAUCUCUGUUCGCUUUGCGGUUCCAGGGUCUUUGGUACAUCCUGCAGCACUCUUGAGAAAGACUCCCCUCGGUGUACCGUCACACAAUGACAAUCAUUAGAAAUCUUCAAAAGACAAAGCUGAACAGACCCGUUGACUGGAGGGCCUCCUCUCUGACAGUUUGUACACUAAAUAUGUCGGCUUUCAAAUGUAGAGUACUAUUAAUCUAAGAGUAUUUUCAUAUGUAAUGAGUGUUUUAUUGUCAGCCAAAAAUAAUUUUUUUGAAAUUAAAUCUUGUUCCUUUCUCA